AUGGACAAGUCGCCCCUGGGAAGGCUCUCCGCCGAACUGCGAAACGAGAUCUACCAAUUGCUAGUGCUAGCCGACAAGCCCCUCGCGGUCUGCAAGAACCACUCCACGCCCGAAUCAAGCGCCACACAGCCACCAAUUACUCGAGUCUGUCGCCAGAUUCGCGAAGAAUCGCUUGGAAUGUUCUAUCACGGCAACAUCUUCAUCAUGGAACUCAUCUCAACCACGUUUUGGGGCCAUCACCCGGACUGGGACGACAUCCACGAGAGAACGAAGGAAGUCACGGCAUGGCUGCAAUGUACAAAUCAGAAGAAUCACGACAGUACCAAACAUCCAGUACUGAUGAUUUGUGUGCAUGUGUGCGAAAGGCUCAAGUACGUUGACUGGGAGCCACUAAUGAAGGCGCUGAAGGCAUGUGGCUACGGUCGGAACAGCGAGGAAGAGCAGAAGCUCAAGGUCACUGUGCAUAUCAUCUCCGACGAGGCUAACUGUGAGAAUUUCGCGUAUUCCUACGAUCGAGUCACUUAUGGUCGCGUUCGCGAGUUCAUUCAAGAGAUGAAAGAUGAAGCGAGCGAGCUUUUUGACGCAUCAGGACUGAAUGUCAAGGUCAAUCUGACCUGGCUGCAUACUCUACGCUUCGGGCACUGCCUGAGUUGCCAAGGUAUGGUGGAAGAGCUGAGCAACUCAGAAGGCGAAUGA